AGCGGAUGACUACAGCAGAGCAGCUUGUACCGUGAUAGCGGCAGGACAGAAGGAUUGUACAUGUAUUCGGCUAUUCUGACCAAGCGCUGGUACCGGUAUAUACAGCGUGCACAGCGUGUUGGCCAAAGAGUCAACACUCCCGUGGGCAUGGAUGGACAAUCUCCCCUGAGGUUGACGCAAGUAAUGGCCGCGAUAGUGAUCUGCAUUCUGAGAUUUGCUCACUUCUCACUCGCAGCAGACAGCAGUCCGAAGAAUGUGUUGAUGAUAGCCGUGGACGACCUGAGACCUCAUUUCGGACAGAGUUACGACACACCCCAAGUCCUCACACCCAACAUGGACAAAUUGGCGCAGAGAGGUGUAACAUUCAAACGAACGUAUUGCCAAGCAGCUACAUGUGGUGUUAGUCGUUCAUCACUCCUCACAGGACGAAGACCAGACACCACACACGUACUAACAAAUACGGGAUGCUUCAGGAAUGCUGGAAACUGGACUAGUUUACCACAUUACUUCAAGACCAAAGGCUACACCACAGCUGGGGGCGGAAAAAUCUUCCAUGUCGGUGUGUGCGAUGGUGCGGCGUUCGGUGAGGAUCGUUUAGCAUGGAGCCUUCCCUACUACCACGCACCAUGCACACGCCUUGGAACAUCCACGCCAUGUGCUCCUCCCCGAACAUUCGCGGCAAGGCCCUAUUCCUGGUUUGCCAAUGAUUCAGUCACAGAUGAUGGAGUACAGGAUGGGCUCAUAGCCAUGAACGCCAUCUCGCAGAUGCACAAUCUCACCAAAUAUCACGCAGAUACACCUUUCUUCCUGGCCGUCGGGUUUCACAAGCCACAUCUUCCUCACAUUGCGCCCAAGAAGUACUUUGAUAUGUACCCACUGGAGAAUGUAGAUCUGCCAGUCAAUCCAAGGGUUCCCAAAGGCCUGCCUAAAGUAACGUGGAAUGCGUGUAGCGAGUUUCUCUCAUACAACGAUUCCCAUGUGGAGUCCAGGGAGGAUCACUUCUCCCAGGAACAGCCGCUUAGUGACGCGCACACACGCAUCCACCGCAGAGCGUAUUACGCAACCACAACAUUCGUGGACGCGCAGGUCGGCAGAGUUCUGGAUGCUCUGGAUGAGCUUGGCCUGACAAACGACACAGUGGUCAUGCUGUGGGGUGACCAUGGCUGGCAUCUCGGAGAGAACAACGAGUGGGCAAAGCACACCAACUUUGAGCAUGCCACUCACGUUCCUCUGUUCAUAUCGGCACCGGGCGGCCAGAAGGGUGCCAUCAGCCAAGCACUUACUGAGCUUGUAGACGUGUAUCCAACACUUGCUGAGCUUGCUGGCUUGCCUGUGCCCACAGAGUGCCCGUCCGAUUCCAAACUUGUUGACGUUUGCACGGAGGGCCGUUCUCUAGCCCCAUUAGUAAUGAACCCGGCUGUUGCGUGGAGCCCAGCGGCAUUCAGUCAGUGGCCCAAAGGUGGAGACAUGGGUUACACAAUGCGCACGCAGCGGUACCGCUACACAGAAUGGGUAGGCUACAACAAGACCUCGCAUGGCCCUAUCUGGUCUAAGCUGCUCGGCACAGAGUUGUACGACUUCAUGACGGACCCGAACGAAACCGUCAACCAUGCACAAGACAGCGCCAUGGCUAGCCUAGUCACAGAGCUCAGCCAUCAGCUGCACGCAGGUUGGAGGAAUGCUACUGUAUCCACUGUUCCAUCUUGAGAAAUCACACUCACAUAAAACAUAAAAACACACAAGUGCAUGCAUACAUUUUUAAAACAAUCUCUCAUUGUCCCUCUACACUAUUUUACCCCAUCUAAGAUUGAAGAGUAGAGUUUGUUUUCGUCCAUGGGUUGGUAUGGAAGGAGAUUUUCAAUCCAAUCAAGACAUCGAGCUAUUUGAGUACUUGUAAGUUGUAGUUGAAACAGAAGCUCAGGGUAUUCUAAAAGCGAUACACCACUUGAUUGUCCAAAUCGGCCCACAGAAUGAUGGUCGAGUGACGCGCAUUUGAA